ACCUCUUCACUCACACACUCUUCAUCACUCUCCACUCACUCACUAACUCACUUCACAACCCUCUCUCUCUCUACCACCGCCAUUGUCACCCAUUUCACCAAAAUGGGUAACUACUCCCCUUUCCUCUUCCUCCUUGCUCUCUCCCUCGCCGCCGCCGCCGCCGUCUCCGCCCACAACAUCACCGAGAUUCUCGCCGCCAACCCCGACUACAGCUCCUACAACUCCUUCCUCUCCCAAACCAAGCUCGCCGACGAGAUCAACAGCCGCCAAACCAUCACCGUCCUCGUCAUCCCUAACUCCGCAUUCUCCGCCAUCACCGCCUCCCACCCUCUCCCCGUCGUCAAGAACGUGCUCAGCCUCCUCAUCCUCCUCGACUACUUCGACAACACCAAACUCCACCAACUCACCGACGGCACCACACUCUCCACCACUCUCUUCCAAACCACCGGCACCGCCACCGGCAACGUCGGAUCCGUCAACAUCACCGACCUCAAAGGCGGCAAGGUCGCCUUCGGCUCCGCCGCACCCGGCUCCAAACUCGCCUCCACCUACACCAAAUCCGUCAAGCAAAUCCCCUACAACAUCUCCGUCCUCGAGAUCAGCGCUCCGAUCAUCGCUCCCGGAGUCCUCUCCGCUCCUCCGCCGUCUUCCUCCGUCAAUCUAACCGCUCUCAUCGAGAAAGCCGGUUGCAAAACGUUUGCGUCGUUAGUCCUCUCUAACGGCCUCAUCAAAACGUUCCAAUCUGCUGCUGACAAAGGCUUGACCAUCUUCGCACCGUCGGAUGAAGCUUUCAAGGCACGUGGCGUCCCUGAUCUGAGCAAGCUCACCAACGCUGAGGUAGUCUCGCUCUUACAGUAUCACGCCGUCGCUAAGUACCUGCCAGUUGGAUCCCUCAAAACCACCAAGGAUCCAAUCAGCACUCUCGCCACCAACGGCGCCGGGAAGUUCGAGUACACUGUCUCCGUCGCCGGCGACUCCGUCACUCUCCACACCGGCGUUGAUUCCUCCAGGGUUGCCGACACCGUGCUUGACUCCACUCCACUCUCGAUUUACUCUGUCGACAGCGUGCUUCUUCCACCGGAGCUUUUCGCGAAGUCGCCGUCUCCCGCUCCGGCGCCGGAGCCUGCUAGUGCGCCUUCUCCGGCUCCGGCUUCUGGUCCCUCCCCAGCUUCGGCUCCCUCGCCGCUUCCGGCGUCGCCUCCGGCUCCUGCAGGUGAGACUCCUGACGGUGCUCCGGCUGAUGCUCCGUCUACUGCGGCGGAGAGGAGCACUUCCGGCAAGUCUGCUGGUGUCACGGUGAAAGCUUCUGUGAUUCUCACCGUUACUGUAACUGCCUUGUCUGCUUUUGUGAUUUCAUCUGUUCUCAUGUCCUGAAUGGUAAUUUCAUAGCAUUUUUCUGUUAUUUUUGUAAUUUCGAGUUUUCUUUUAUUUUUUCUAUUUUCGUGAAUGUGAUUGGACUGGAGAAUUUUUUUGAUUUUAAUUUUUUUUGCUAUUAUAGAAGAAUUUAGGCUUGUACGUUGAGAUUUGAAUCGUGUAUGUGAAGCUUUUUUUUUGUUAUUUUUAA